UCCCCAAUACUAAUUCGCUAUCAUUGACGUCUUCCGCUCUUGGGAACCUAUUAUGGAAUGAAAAGGUAUUAUAGAUAGUGAUCAAGCAGGCAACCCCUCCAUAUUCGAAAGUUCUCCUGUCUUUAGGCAAAGAUCUGACACAGGAAGGAUUUGAAUUGCGCAAAGUCUUCUUCUCCGGUCAUGCACACGCCGGGCGUCUUGCACAGGGGUCGCUAUGGAGGAUGCAGGCAUGGGAGGGGAACUGGAGACGAGAACAGGAAUCCCUUUGCCGGUCAUCUGUUUCCCUUCUAUGACCUGUUUCCACAGGCAGUGAAGGAAGAGUUGAUGCUUGUAUGAAGUUUGCAGCCCAGUAUCUUGGUCUUAACAAACCAGUUGUGAUUGUGACUUAGGGUCAUUUGGUUUUGUCUAUGGCAGCAGCUAACUUCCUUCACGGUUAUGGGAUUGCAGAAAAAAGGUUCACCAGCAAGAUUGGUGUUCCGUUUCUCGCCUUCUAUAACCAGAGAUGGAUUGCUGGCGACGUCAGCGAAGCAUCAGCGGACAUGGCACUUCUUGUGGUUCCUUUCUUUCCUCCACAGCGCCACAGAUUUGAUUAUUCUCCUGUCAGAUUUAAGAAAAUUAUCACCUGUCAGCAUCAUCAGCUUGAAGAUCGCAGACCUGGCAGUUGAGUUGUUGUCGGCUAAUAUGAGCAGAAAGGAGCUUUGCAAGAAGGUCCUACAGUCAUGCAAUACGUACUUGGAGACUGAACAUGCAGGAAGAGAACUCGUGCAAGAGCUGAGUAUGCUGAAGAAGAAGCUUGCAAAGGCCUGGGUCUACAAUUGUAAGACACCACUUCUCACGCCUGAAUACCUGAAGAAGCAUAGUGAUGCCGCUGAGUUCGUAUGCUCAGGGCGGGGCAGGCAGCCGGACCACCUUGCAGUGACCUUUGCCAGGCACAAGUGAUAUGUCUUUGGAAGAUCAACCUUCCUGAUCUCCAUCUGCACUGCCCUCAUGAAGAGGCAAACAAGACAGUAUGGACGGAAUGGCCAACACCCGCGACGAAGGCAAAUCAUUUCGGAUGUCAGCGUUACACUUGAGCAGCAGGAAUAAGAUACCAAAUGUGAAGUUGUGGCUGGAGAGAGCAGAGAGGGCAGAGAAGGCGAGGGUGAAGAGAGCGGAGAACCCGUUCAAGUCCCCGCACACCCUCCAAAAAUCUUUAAGGACUACCCCCUCCGUGAGCUCAAGCAAAAGAACACCAACAUAAUCCAGAAGGGUCUAAGGUUACUUGGAGCUACUUAUACUAAGAAUGGGAAGCCGAUGAACAAGGCGGAUAUGGUAAGGAAAUUGGGAAGAC